AUGCACACCUUCACUACCCGGAGACUAACUGCCGCUUUGUUUAUCAUUGGUUUUGGGUUGUGGUUUACAUGCUUUAGAAAUGGUGACGGUGCCUGGGUCACUUCCGUAAAGCGCCCAGCCGAUCCCGAUGCGUUGCUUGAUAGCAGGAUCAGAAACUCUACCCUAGGGUUCCAGAAGAUUUUCGCAAUCGGUUUCAAAGAGCGCACCGAUAAGCACGAUGCGAUCACGUUGGCAGCAUCCUAUACCGGACUGGAAGUUGACUGGUUGGAAGGUGUCCGAGCCGCCAAUAUCCCUCCGAAAGCAUAUCCAGGUGUCUGGACGGAGGAGAAACAUCGCGAUAAACCGGCCGAGCUCGGAAGCUGGCGCGCCCAUAUGAAUGCUCUACGACAUAUCGUGGAAAGCAAGAUCAGCAGCGCUGUCCUUAUGGAAGACGAUUCAGACUGGGACGUGAAUAUUAAGGCACAAAUGGUCGAAUUUGCACGGGGCACUCGGGCGCUUCAGGGAAGUGAUGGUAUUCCCUUCUCCCCGUACGGGGAUAGCUGGGAUAUGCUAUGGCUAGGACACUGUGGAAUCAAUUCACGAGGAGAUCCAAAGUUCUAUGUGAUCCCUAACGAUCUGACCGUGACGCCGCGGCCCCACCAAAACGAGUUUGUCCGUCCUGGGCUGGCAGAGGACCCGAAUUUCGAAAGCCACCGCCUCAUAUUCCAGGCGGAUAAUGCUAUCUGCUCAUGGGCUAUGGCAUUUACCUAUGAAGGUGCCCGCAAAGCACUGACUGCUCUAUCAUAUGUAGGUAUCGACGAGCCUGUCGAUCUAGGCUAUAACUUCCUUUGCACGAAUAUCCUGCACGUUCCGUAUCAAUGCCUGUCAUCACAUCCUAGUAUCAUGGGUACCUGGGCGCAACGUGGCCCGGCUUCGCGAGACUCAGAUAUUACUGACGGUGACGAUAAGUGGCAUGAAGCCAGCUCUCGGUCCCUCACCUACAGCACUAUGUUAAAUAUCCUCCCGCUGGCGAAUAAUAAGACCACGAUAUCAGCAACGUGGGACGAUGUACCGGCGCCAAAAAUUGAUAUUACGACGUUUGCGAUACCCCGUGGCUAUUUGUACACUCCCGACCCUGCGUGA